AUGGUUGGUGGAGAGAAACAAACCCUAAUUUUCGAACAAGGGUUGAAUGGAGGGUCGCAAGAAGAUCUGAUAAGCCAGUUACCAGAUCAUUUGAAAACUGAAAUUCUGUAUCAUCUUCCCACAAUGGAAGCUGUUACCACAAGCGUUUUAUCCACAAGAUGGACCAAUAUUUGGAAACUGGUUCCUGGACUGGACUUAGACUCGUGCAGAUACUCCGAUUUCAAAGCCAUACACAGUUUUCUGGAUAUCCAGAGGCAGUCACGGAUACGCAAAUUUUGGUUAAAGAUUCGUCGUCAUAUUUAUGAUAAUGACGCCACUUGUGUCACCCAGUGGACUGAUGAUGCUUUAACUAGGCAUAGGAUUCAAGAUCUUGAUGUUUGUUUUGGAUACUACUACCAGAUUGGGUUAGUUCAGAUACCACGGAGCGUGUUUACCAGUGAUAGAUUAGUACACUUACGGCUCUUUGGGGCCAGAUUGUUUAACGCUGAGUUUGUUUCUUUACCUUGUCUGAAGAUGAUCCAUCUAGAAUAUGUUACAGCUCCAAACGAGGCCACCUUGGAGAAACUUAUCUCAAGCUCUCCGGUUCUGGAAGAUUUAACAAUCAGAAGGUGUAAUGGUAACGUUGCUGAUGUUUUACAAGUGCGCUCUAAGACGGUAAAGAGAAUCGAGAUGGAUCAUUUUGCGCCACUUGUGAUUGAUGAGGCUCCUCUACUCCAGUUUUUGAGGAUUAAGGUUAAUUUUUUUAAGACCUUUAGGGUCAUCGUUUUUUGGGGUUUCGCUGCAAAAGUAGAUGUUCAUGUCAGCACUGGUUGUGCAUUUUAUCCGUAUAACGUAUCUUCAAAAGUAGGUGUGAUUGGCGAUUUCCUCACCGUUAUGUCGAGUGUCAGGGAUCUGGCUCUUAGUAGAGAUAUUUGGGAGGUAAUCUACCAAUACUCGCAACUAGAAUCACUGCCUCAGUUUGAUUUACUGUCACGUCUGUGUGUUAGACUCUGUUCAUCUGAUUUAGCUUGGUUGCCGGCUUUUCUCAAGAACUGCCCGAAGCUGAGAUCCCUUUCCGUGGAGGUAUGGUAUGAUGGCUACAAGAAGAUGCCUAUCGAUGAAAGUUUUCCACCUGUGCUCGAGUGUUUGUUAUCGUCGCUUGAGUUUCUUGAUAUCAAAGCAAGAGUCUCGGGAGAUUCUACAGAAAUGAAACUAGUAAGGUACUUGUUAGAAAAUUCUUUGGUGCUCAAGAAACUCACGCUACGGUUGGAUUCUCAUCCAAGAAAUGAUGACAUCUCCGAAGAGAUCCUCAGACUCCCAAGACGCUCUAUCACAUGCCAAGUCCUCGUACUCUGA